AUAUGAUUUUUUAGACAUAUUUGGGCAUCUGGAGAAAAAGUAAAAGGAGCAUAAUAUCUCCCUUCUUCGCCCCUAGCUCACCAAAUCAAUCAUCGCCGACGAUUAGGUUGGACAACCACCGGACGGAUAAUGGCAAAGCCGCUUGGACCGACGGGAGAGUUCUUCAGGAGGAGGGACGAGUGGAGGAAGCACCCGAUGCUGUCGAAUCAGCUCCGCCACGCCGUCCCUGGGCUCGGAAUUGCCCUUGUUGCCUUCGGCAUCUACCUCGCCGGCGAAGCCGCCUACAACAAGAUCUAUGCUCCUUCGCAUUCUCAAUCUGGAUCCACCGACUCCGCUUCUCACUCUCACUGAGAACAAUCGUCGUUUAGAAAGAGGAACCAAUUCUUGAGGCGAGCAGAAGCAGUGUGUGUGUUUAAGGAACCUAUUAUGUUUCUUUACUGUAUCAUCUUUGUUGUGUUUAUCAAUAAAAUCAAACAUGAACUUGUCUUCUUCAAUCGAGCCAAGACAUUUGGUGUAACUGAUUUUUAGGAUCCCAGUCCCUAACAUUGUAGUCUGCACUGUGUCUUUUUAUUACCUAGAGUGGAGUACUAUUUUUACUGCACCUCCUAUAACUGGCUGAUUCUAUAUUACCCCAUCUCUCCAUAAAUAAACUUUAUAUUU